AGUGGCUCUCAACUCAAAGCCCCUGUCAUCUUGCCACAGCUUGCGCUGCUGCUUGCUCAUUCCCGAUGUGCCAACUGGAGAGAGAAGAGAAGCGACGUUAGUUAUUUGAACGUUAAGGGAAAAACGUUAGGAGAGCCAUGUCGAGCCCAGGACAAAAAGUGGUGCUUAUCACCGGUUGCUCCUCCGGGAUCGGGCUGAGGAUGGCGGUGAUGCUCGCCAAGGACGAGAAACAGCGCUAUCACGUCAUUGCCACCAUGCGAGACCUGAAGCGUAAAGACAAGCUUGUGGAGGCAGCGGGUGAUGCGUACGGGAAGACCCUCUCUCUAGCUGUGCUGGACGUGUGUACGGACGAGUCAGUCAAACAGUGUAUCAACGGAAUCAAGGACAGACAUGUAGACGUACUCAUUAAUAAUGCAGGUAUAGGGCUGGUGGGACCGGUGGAAAGCAUCAGUAUCGCUGAGAUGAAGAGUGUGUUUGAGACCAACUUCUUCGGUGUGAUCCGGAUGAUCAAGGAGGUGAUGCCAGAUAUGAAGAAGAGGAGGGGAGGACACAUCAUAGUGGUCAGCAGUGUCAUGGGACUACAGGGCGUUGUGUUUAAUGACGUGUAUGCUGCCUCUAAGUUUGCCAUGGAAGGGUUUUGUGAGUGUUUGGCUGUACAGCUGCUCAAGUUUAACGUCACUAUGUCUAUGAUAGAGCCAGGCCCGGUCCAUACAGAGUUUGAAUCUAAGAUGAUACAGGACGUCCGUCAGAAAGAGUUCCCUGGGGCCGAUGCAGACACCGUCAACUACUUUAAAAACGUCUACCUGCCCUCCUCCGUCGACAUCUUUGAGACGCUCGGACAGACCCCUGAUGACAUCGCCAGGUGCACUAAGAAGGUGAUUGAGCAGGGUAGUUCUGCACGGUUCCGGAACCUUACCAACCCUCUGUACACGCCCAUCGUGGCACUGAAGUACGCAGACGAGACGGGCGGCCUGUCGGUGCACGCCUUCUACCAUAUGUUGUUCAACCUGGGGCCCCUGAUGCACGUUAGCAUGAAGGCUAUGCAGUACCUGACCUGUGGAUGUCUACGCUCCAGGACCAUCUCCCCUAACUAGACACGGACACACACACACAAACACACGCAGAGACACACACACACACUAGUAUGCAUUAACUGACCUGUGGAUGUCUGCGCUCCAGGACCAUCUCACCCAACACACACACACACACGGAGAGAGAGAGAGUCAAGACACACACUUGUAAAGACAGACAAAUUCAAAACACCCCCUGCAGUUUUAAAGUGUUCCCCCAUCUGUGAGCUGCCAUACUUUUUACUGUUUGUUUUUAUAGAAGCAGGACCUACAGAAGUUGAACUGUAACCUCUAUGUCUGUCUAACAUAGACUAUGUAUGUAUAGAUACUAUCUUGUGUGUAAUGUAUGUCAUUUUCAAUAGAAUGGAUCGGCUCUAUUUUCACAUUAAAACCUCAUUGUAUCUUU